UUGAAGAAUUACGAAAGCUCCCAACUGCCGAGUCAUGGAAAAGGUUUGUACAGUUUGCAAGUAAAUUUGGGAAAAAACUGUUAAUGAACUUCAAGCGGAUUUCUUGGGAGGGUUGCGUAAAACUUUAGGGGCUGCGUAAGGACGCAAAUUCGCCGCAUUCUUGAUGAAAUUGCCGAAUAAGCUCGGCUUAAAGACAGUAGCUUUUGGGCUUAGAGCAACUAUUUCAAAGGCUUCUGAGGAAUUUUGCGCAUAAUUUGCAGGUCAACCGACUGUAGUCCAGACGAAUAUUCUGAUCAGAAGCAUGGGACCGGUGUCGGAGCUGGAUAUGGAAUAUUCAAUGGAUUGCUACUUCAGACAGUACUGGCGUGACCAAAGACUGUCGUUUAUCGGCCCGAUAAAGUCUCUGUCCUUAUCCAUUAAAAUGCUGGAACGCAUCUGGCGUCCAGAUACGUAUUUCUACAACGGGAAAAACUCCUACGUCCAUACAAUAACAGUUCCAAACAAGCUGCUGCGGAUCAGUCAGGACGGUGGCAUUCUCUACUCGAUGCGCCUGACGAUAAAAGCCAAGUGUCCGAUGGAAUUGAAAAGUUUCCCCAUGGACCGGCAGUCUUGUCCAUUGAUUUUAGGGAGCUAUGCGUAUACAUCAAGGGACUUGGUUUAUCAAUGGCAAAGCGAGCGAAGUGUGAACUUCGUGGCUGGCAUGACACUGUCGCAGUUUGAUUUGAUGAGUUAUCCAUCCAGAAACUUUACUUUCAAGCGAAGAGAAGGCGAGUUUUCCGUUCUGGAAGUGUCCUUUAAUCUCCAAAGGCACACUGGAUACUUCCUGAUUCAAGUUUACGUUCCUUGCAUUCUCAUAGUGGUUCUUUCCUGGGUCUCCUUCUGGAUCCAUCGCGAAGCCACCAGCGAUCGGGUUGGUUUAGGCAUCACUACCGUGCUCACUCUAUCAACAAUAAGUCUGGAUUCCCGGACGGAUUUACCGAAAGUUCGCUACGCUACAGCUCUGGAUUGGUUCCUCCUCAUGAGCUUCCUCUACUGCAUUGCCACUUUAUUGGAGUUUGCUGGAGUGCAUUAUUUUACAAAGGUCGGCAGUGGCGAAAUUCCCAUCGAUGAGGACGAUUGGGAAGACUGCGAAGAACCAGCUGAAGAGUUUGUGGGCAGAAGCGCGGCCGAUUUACUUGAAACCGUCAAUGUGGACAGUCGCAGAAGAAGGAGCUCAAUUGUGUGCCCGAUUUAUAACACCGCUUCACUUUACCAGAGUCCUAGAAGAACCUCCUUGAUCUCCAACCCGCAUUCUUCACCUCCAGUGAGGACGACCGUAGAAAAAACCACGCAAACCGAAUACAAACCGCCCAAAUGGAAGCAGUUUUUGUACUGUUUGAAGGGCGACGAUAAAUUUCGCAGGCAAAGACAACGAGAAGCUGCCGCUUUAGAUUCCACUAAGGAUGGCCAACACGCCAUUCGGCAUGUGAACAGUGUUUCUUUGAUUGAUAAAACGGCCCGAAUAGUCUUCCCAACGUCUUUUGGACUGUUCAACCUCUUCUACUGGCUGGUCUACAUUAUGACGCAGGAGAAUUUCAAAUGGGGCGAUAACAAGUUGAAUCCCCAGAGCCAUUAAGGAGGGAAAGAAGAAAAUCGGCAACUGUUUUCCGAAAAAAAUCCUCAAAAUAGAGUGUUUUUCUAUUUAGUUAAUUUUCAGGUUGGUGGGAUGAAUUAUUUCUUCCAUUCAACACGUCCCAGAUGUAUACAGAGUGUUUCAAAAUCAAUUCCUUAGCAUUCCUAGGCUAGUAAUUGUAGAAAAUAGAGAUCUGAAAAUCUC